GUUACAUACUGUCUCGUAGCGUGUCAAGAUUUAAGGAAUUUGCUUCAGUUUGUUGAAAGUUUGUUGGAAAAAUCUUCACAAAAAUGAAUAAUAGAAAGGGUAAGAUCAGGAAUUUUAACUCGAAUCGAUUAAAUAGAAGUGUCGGGAUGACGACGGAGGAGCUUAGAUCUAGAAAAACAGCUCGGGAAGGUUUCAAAAGACCGGUUAAAGAUCUCCGUUUGAAUCUGAAGAAGACGGGGAGUAAUAAACCUGGUCCAUCUAGAGUGAUGGACGCUAGAUCUAAACUACAAGCUAAAAGAUCUGUGGAAGAGCUUGUAGAAAAGUCUAGUUUUAAUAUAGAUGAACGGAAGAAGCAGCAGAAGUCUAGUAACCAAGUUGGUAAUCGUUCUUUAAGUCUUGAUAGCGGGACGAUCAAAAUCACAGCCAAGCAGAGUUUACCUCCGAAUAGAUCAGCUGAAUUAGCAGGUAAAUCUAUCGUUAUCACAACAAAAGUGGAUCCCAAAGAUAAAUCAAAGUCUAAGCAACGUGGAAAACCAAAAGACCGUAAUCUAAAGCUGGGAGUUGGAGGGAUUACAGUUACCACUAAAGCCGCAGGCGGCUCCCCACAUAAAAAGAAGAGACAGUAUGCUGAAUUGUCACGGGACGAGGAAAGAAGGAAGGAUGAAGACUUAGAUUAUUAUCACUAUAAGAAACUGAAAGAGGAAUCAAGGUUUGAGGAAGAUUAUUUGCCAUUAAGAAACCAAAGAAAUAUGACACCACUUGCCGAGAGACUUGAUCAUGGCCCCAUACCUGAACCUCUAGGUACACCAGUAACAUCCACAAAAGUUACCAUCACUAAUCUACACCCAGCUGUUUCAAGACAAGAUAUUGAGGAAUUGUUUGGUGCUGUGGGAGUCUUAAAGAGCUGUAAGAUGCUUGGACCAGGUGCUGCAGAGGUUAUAUAUACUGUAAAAGAGGAUGCUGUCACUGCAUAUGCUAGGUACCACAACAGAAACUUAGAUGGACAGCCAAUGCAGUGUAAACUCAGUGUUGUACAGACCAUGGCAACUUACACAGCACCACUAUCAAGACCUCUGGUUCCAUUACGCUCUACAAACCCUUCCCAAAGGCUUUUACAACCCACGGUCGAACCUUACCAACCACCUAAAAGAGCAUCAUCAUCAUUGCCGUCAGAAUCGAGACCUGUGGUAUUCAAAGUCAAAAUAUAGGCUACUACUUGAUCUUUAAUGAACUUGGGGGAAAAUGUUUUCUCAAGCACAAGACAGAUUUUCUGAAUGUGCAACUCACAGACACUUGUUUGACCAAGCAUUAAUAAUGCAUGGGAGUCAAUGCAUAGUUCUUGAUAAAUUUAGUAGAUUUUCAACACCUUUAUGGGAGCAGUUGCCUUAUCCAGAUUGCUAUCAUUGUCAUCCAUUAUUUUUCUAUUAACUGGUCUGACAGCCAAUAGACGUCAAUAUUAAGAACAUUUAUUAGUGAAUGUUUGGUGAUUUAUUGUUCCUUUAUACCAUUACAAUAUUGUUCUAGAGCCUUAUACAACAGAAUAGCAUUGUUCUUUAUAUUUGUGCUGUGUUUCAGCACUCAACAAGCAUAAUUUAAACACACCCACCCAUAGAAGCAAAGAUAUCUUGGUAAUGUGCAACUUAUAUUUAAAUAAAUCUUUAGAAUUGUU